CAAAAUGGUUUCGUUUGUUUUUGUGUUAUGAACAGUUGAUUCAUUUCGUUAAUAAAAUUUGAUCGAAAUUUACACGUAUUUGUCGUGAAUUGAAAUGUUUUAAUAAUUUCCGGCGUUUAAGUUCCUUCGCGAUUUGAUCGAUUAUUUGUAUUUAUCAAUUUAUUUUAAUAAUCAUGACCAAAUAUGGUGUUGUUGAUAAUAUAAAAAUGUUGGCAAUGUAAUACGUAUCAGUGCGACAUCUUUGUGAUAUCUAACAUGGUAUUUUGCGAUUAAUUCGAGUAAUUAGUGAUCAGUGUGAAAUAUUACCAAUUCUUAUAGCGAAUAAAAUCAACAUAUAUGUAAUAUAAGGAAUUAGCGGUAUUACCGGUACAUUGUAACAUUAUUUAUCGUGUUUCGUUCGAUUCAUUUAUCUAUCUCACCUCAUUAACUACCUACUCGUUCAUUUACAAAUUUUCAAACGCUCGAAAAAUCGUCGCCGCCGUUUGAUUUUCCACCUCCCCCGUCGCGUGGGAAAUUUUUUCGGAGCUACGCGACUCAACACGGUACGUUUGCGAAUCGGAAUAAAAUUCGCGGUAAUUUUCAAUGGCAGAAUGGAAGCCUAACGAUGAAUCUAUUUUUAAAAAGGCAAACUAUGUCAUCGUUUAUGAUUCCAACGUGAUUAAAAAAACGUUGAACGUUGGUAAAUUUCGUAUGUAUUUUGCAUUUCGCUAAAACGACGUUAGGUUUGUUAUUGUUUUUUUGUUUACAGUUCGCUAUCGUUGCUUUCAUUUUUCCAGCCGUCGCGAUCGUGGAAAUUUAAUACCUUGUUUAGGUUUUUCAAGUCGAUUCGCAAACAUUCAACAGUUCGUCGAUUAAAAAAAAACGUUCUUCUAACGUAAAUUUAUAUGGUAAAAUUGUGGUCGUCGGUGUUAUUUUGUUUAGUGGUUUCGUGUCGUUCGCGUUUUGUAUCGAAAUGUCCUUCCGAGUUGUAAGAAGUAGUAAAUUCCGGCACGUUUACGGGACAGCUUUGAAACGAGAGCAUUGCUACGAUAACAUCAGAGUCUCGCAGUCAUCAUGGGACUCAACAUUUUGCGCCGUGAAUCCGAAAUUUCUAGCUGUUAUAGUCGAGUCGGCAGGAGGUGGUGCAUUUAUUGUGUUACCUUUAAACAAGACUGGCAGAAUUGCACCGGAUCAUGCUUUGGUCGGAGGCCACAAAGGACCCGUGUUAGAUAUCGCAUGGUGUCCCCAUAAUGAUAACGUCAUCGCGAGUGGCUCGGAAGAUUGCGUCGUUAAAGUAUGGCAUAUACCGGAUGGCGGUAUUUCGAGAACUCUCACCGAACCCGUUGUUGAUUUACUAUUUCACCAAAGAAGAGUGGGCUUAGUGCUGUGGCAUCCCUCAGCUCAAAACGUCCUUUUAACUGCAGGCUCCGAUAAUCAAGUAGUAUUGUGGAAUGUGGGCACCGGCGAGGUACUUAUCCAAAUCGAUUGCCAUCCUGAUAUCAUAUACAGUGCCUGCUGGAACUGGGAAGGCACGAAAUUGGUUACGACAUGCAAAGAUAAACGAAUUAGAAUAAUCAAUCCGAGAACCGGAGAAGUAGAACAGGAGGCAAUCGGACACGAGGGCAGUAAAGCUAGUCGAGCGAUAUUCUUACGCUGCGGUCUGAUCUUCACGACCGGAUUUAGCAGAGUAUCGGAAAGACAGUAUUCAUUGCGCGAUCCGGGCCAUUUGGAUGAUCCCAUCGCUAUCGUCGAUUUGGAUACGAGUAACGGCGUCAUGUUCCCGUUGUACGAUCCGGAUACAAAUCUAGUCUACUUAUGCGGCAAGGGCGACAGCGUCAUAAGAUAUUUCGAAAUCACAUCGGAAGCUCCUUUCGUGCACUAUAUCAAUACGUUUCAAACUUCGGACCCGCAACGAGGCAUCGGUAUGAUGCCGAAGCGAGGCUGUGAUGUGAAUUCGUGCGAAAUAGACAGAUUCUUCCGUCUGAAUAAUUCCGGAUUGUGUCAAGUUAUCAGUAUGACUGUCCCGAGAAAGUCGGAGCUCUUCCAAGAAGACCUGUACCCGGACACGUUGGGCGACAUUCCGGCCACAACGGCCGAAGAAUGGUUCGCCGGCAAAGACGGCGAACCGAUAUUAAUCUCGCUAAAAGGAGGCUUCGUACCGCCGUCGACCAAGCAGGCCGAAUUCAAAGUAACCAAAAGAUCGAACAUACUCGAUAAACCAUCCAAAACGUCCGGCUCGGGCGCUGCCGGAGCGGCCGGCUCAUCUGUCACGAACGCCGUUGGUGGUAAAUCGGCCGCCGGCGCCGGAGCCGCUAGCAAUGUUACCACUAGUAAUUAUAACGCACCGUCGCUAUCCGACGAAAUUGUCAAAGAGUUCAAAGAAGAGAUUCGUAAACUGAAGACGAUGAUCGUUAAACACGAGAAUCGAAUCAGAGCAUUGGAGGCCCGUGUGGUCGACGAAAACACCACCAACGAGAAUGAUAAAACUCGCAAAGAAACAGUCGAAAAUCACUCAUCCGGCGAUUCGGCGAACAAUCAGUCAGCAGAUGUGAACGCCAACUCAUCCGGCGAUCGAGAAGACCUGGCGCCCGAUGAGGUGUAAAUUAAUAAUCGAGUAUGAUAUACGAUAUGACAUUUUCCAAUCUUACAAAUGCGUAUAUGUAUGUGUUAUAUAUGUGUACUUCUCCCCUUUCUUUCCUCGUAUAAUUUUCCCCCUACCCCCCUUUUCUGUCUUUGUCUCUCUCUCACUCUCUCCUUGUACGUAUGGUUCUGAUGCGUGGCUUUUUUUUUCUGCGUGCUUGAAUGAGAUAAAUUAUUUAAACGAUAUUUUACGUAAGUCAUUAAUAUGUAGUAUAAUAUGGCAUUUAUUUUAAUAUAUUUAAUAUAUUAUUAUACGUUUUAGGCGUGGCCAUCGACGGCGCAGCCAUUUUGAAAACUAAGUUUUCGCAGUCGUAGUUUUAAUAUGUUGAGGUCAAAUGUGUGUGUUUGUGUGUGCGUUUGUUUGAUUUAGCUAUUUAUUCUCUCUCUCUUUUUUUUUUUUACAUACUCGUAGAAGCCGCUAAGAGCAGCGUAAAUAAUUAUUUUGAUGUUUUAAAAGACUAUGCUAACGAAUACGAUUACGUGUUCGGAUGAUUUUUGAGUACAAUGAACGUUGCAAAUGAAAGACUGGAUAUUGGGGGUCUUUGAAAAUUGAGAUUCGAUAGUUUUAAGAUGAGUUAGUGAAUUGUUUAGAUGAAAUGAAGGUUAUAGGUGGCGAAUCUUUCAAUACGCGUUCGUCUGUUUAAUUCAGAUGUUCACUCAAAAAAUUUCUAUUUUAUUUUUAGAAAAAUUGAAAAACAAAUCUUUCACGAACGAUUUUCCUGAAAUUUUCUGUACAAUGAUUUCUGAACAAGUAAUUGAAUUUUUAGAGCGAAUCAGUCGUUCAUGUGGUUUUUGAAUUGGCCACCCAUUCAAGAGUAGAUAACUUAGUUUUAAACAAUCAUAAAUUUUAAUUUCGUUUUAUGCUCAAAUCCUGCGGUAUGAAUCGUUCGCGAACGAUUUUUGGAAUCAUUCAAUCAUUCGUAAAUGACUGAUUUGGGUUCAUUUUUUAAAAAAUUCUAAAUUUUAAAAUCUAAUCGUUCGCGAAUGAUUCGCUCGAAAAAUAAAAUAUCCAACUGAACGAGACGAUUCUUUUUGUACAUCUGUUCACGAACGAUUUUUGGAACGAUUGAAUCAUUCGCGAACGACCGAUUCGGAAUUAUUGAAUAAUUUCGCUUCGAUUGUUCAUCAAAAGGAAAACCCCCUUUUUAUUUUUUCUACCUGUUUUCCAAAUUUUUCAAUCUAAUCGUUCGCGAAUGAAUUAUUCGCUAGAAAAAUAUCUAAUUGAACGAGCCGAUUAUUUUCGUGCUUCUAACCUUCUAUCAUCUCCACCGAUACAAAUCAUUCGCGAACGAUUUCUGGAAUGACUGAAUCAUUCGUGAACGACCGACUUGGAUUCGGAUUCGGUUUAACCGCGGGUUUAUUAAUCAAGUUCGUCUCCAUUUUUCAAUCCAAUCGUUCGCGAAUGAUUCGCUCGAAGAAUAUCUAAUUGUACCAAAACAAUUAUUUUUGUGCCUCUGUCACAUCCUGCGAUUCGAAUCGUUUACGAACGAUUUUUUGAACGACUCGAUGAUUCGCGAACGACCAACUUGGAUUAUUGAACGAUUAUUUCCAUGCUUAUUGUACCAUAUCCCAUGUCAAUCUGCAGCGAACGACUGAUUUGGAUUUUUUGAACGAUUUCAUUUUGAUUGAUCAUCAGUCAUCAUAUUCACAACUAUUUUUCAACCGGUUUUCAAAAUUUUUCAAUCUAAUCGUUCGCGAAUGAUUCGCUCGGGAAGUAACUAGUCAUAUUAUAAACGGCAGAAAUGUGUGUUUUUUUAAAAAAAUCAUUCGCGAACGAUUUCAUAUAAGAUGAUGUUUCGCUAAGAAAACUGCCGGAAAAUCCUGCCCAAAUCACAAGAAUCGUUUUCGAAAUUAUUCAGUCGUUCGUGAACAACUUGAUUGCAUUACUUGAAAUUAUAAUCCACGUGAAAAAUUAAUAAUAGAAUAUUGGACACUGGUUCGUUAUCCACCAGGUAUUUUCAGCGUACCUAAUUUUGAAAAAUUUAUAUUCUUUCGUGAAUGAUUCGUUUUCUUUUAAAUGCUGCAAAUUAUGAUACAUAUUUGUAUGAUUUUUUUUCCCAAAUCAACGUUCGCUCGGCUCGAAUCAAUUGAACACUCGUAGUGUACCUAUCUAAAAAGAAAAAAAUGUUUGUUACAAUGCUUAUUCAUGCGUAUGUUAUUUUUUGUGAACUAUGUAAAUUAUAUUUAUGUAAAUAUUUUACGAUAUGAAAUGGUCCUUGGAAAAGGUCGAUUACGGAGAAAGGUUUUGAAAAAGUAUCCUUUGAAUAAUUGUUCUAAUUUGUAGAAUUUUGACCACCUACCUAUUGAAAAAUUCCAACAGUAUUAAUAUCUAGCGAUGGAGUCGAAUCAGCCAUACAAAAUUGAAAGGAACGUGUUUUUUACUAUUCUGCUUUUUUUUUUCAUCACAUAUUUAAUUUGAAAAUACACGAAGUAUUAGUAUUCUUACUGUACGUAUUAUGAAACGAAUCUCAUCCGCCUUUCCAAAUGCUCGGAUUGUUGCCUCGAGAGUGCACUCACACGCGUUAUGAUUUUUCUACGCGUUUUAUUUAUUUAUUCAUUUUUAUUCAACUAACGACGAAGACGACUGAAUUUAUGGCUUUGUUUUUUUUUCUCUGAAUUUUUCGCAUCGGGCGCUCGUUUGUUCUUUUUUUUUUAUUUUAUUCAUUUUUAAUCAGUCUUCCGAUUUGUUGCAUUUUAUUGGUGUAUGAAAUAUAAUUCAUAGUGUAAAAGACUGUUCUAACUUUGAGCUUUUUAUUUUUUAUUAAUAAUAUACACAAGGUCAUUUUAUAUAUUCAUUGUACAUGUAUUUAAGCAACGAAGAAUUUUUAAGCUUUUUUUCUCUCUAUCUUUCUGGUGCCCUAGCCCUUUUAAUAAACGAAGUGGAUCAAUAUUAACGUAUAAUGUACUAUUAAUCUGUGAUAAAUCUACCACCGGUAACGUUCUGUUCUGACGUGCGGAUCUAUACUCUUGUAACGUAGUUUGCAUUUUUAUGUGGAAUGGUUUUUCUUAAGUAUUUAUUUAAUUUUUUUCGUUCGCUGUAUGGACUAGACACUGGAAAGUUUUCACUGUACGACUAACACACGCAAUACCGUUUAUCGUAUACAGAGUAAAGUUUAAGAAUUUCAUUGAUAUCUUGUCCUUUUAUUUAUGAUCUAUGCCAAUUUACCUAUACACUGGAAUUGUUGGAAAAAAUGAAAAAAGAAUUCGUUUAUAUAUGUUCAUUUGUAAUUUUGAAUUGUAUCUAAUGGAUGAUAUUAUUGUUAUUAUGUAAUAUAUAAUUUAUUGAUACAAGUU